CGCGAGUACAAUUUAGACAGAGCUAUUUAACAUUGUCUAUAUAUUUAUAUUAAGUAUAUUUAUAUUAAGUAUAUGGAAGAAAUGCAAGGGCACCAGUUAUUGACACAUUGUUUGGUGGACAGCUUGUAAGCUCCGUAGAAUGUCGUGAAUGUCAUAAGGUAAGAAGCUUUCCCACGUUUUUUUUUCAGAGCAGAGAAGUAGAAUUCUAGUAGAAACCAGUUUAGAUAGUAAAGUUCAUAACCAUCACAGUGAUACGAGAAACUCUUUUUGUGUUAUUUUGGCGACGAAAAAUUCGUUGUCUUUUACAGUAUCACAGUAAAUAUGAACCAUGUUGUUUUCUGAAAUGGAAGACUACAUGCAUGUAUUUUUAAAAUUAGGUUUCAACGAUUAUGGAGAGUUUCUUUGACCUGUCCUUAUCACUGGCGAUAAACAACCAGACAGUCUCGGUAAGUAUACCCCUGGUAUACCCUAAAAUAAACGACGAGCGUUUGAAUUAUUGCUUUCAAAAAACUUGCCGACGUUUUUUAAAAGUACACAGCUCGCGAGCCUUGUAAAUAUUUUAAAACAGGCCGUAUGGCGGUCAUGAUAUUAAGGAAAAAUGCAAGCGAAGUUUUGAUAAUUAGAAGAGAACGAAACAAGACUUAAACGUCUCGAGAAAACUUAAGAUGUUUUCAAAGUGUAAACAAUAUGGCUUCCCAGAAUGUUGCAGUAGUUUACGUUAAACAUGACGUAUAAAAUGCACGCGAAGCAAUCCUAAUAUGUCGUUAAAAUCGAUGAAUACAUGACAAAAUAACUGUGAAAAACUCUACUAUCACUAGAAAUGCAUAGACAAAAUUUCACACAAUAAAUGUGCACAAAAUUGCGCUUAGCAUUUUCGUCUGUCUUCGUGUCAGAUUUUGUGGCAAGUCACAGCAGAUUUAUUGUUAAAAAGAAUUUAAACGCUUAUGAAGGACAUAAUUUUAAACUUUUACAUUUUAAAUUCAGCAUUUUAAACUUUUCGUUUUAAUUUGUGUGCUUUCUAAAUGUAGAAACAAGCGAACAAAAUGUCAGCGACAAAAAAGAAGCAACCGCCAGCGCAAGUUAGUAAAAAGAAGAACUCCACUGAGAAAGUGGACAAAGAAACGGAGGAAAAGCCGAAGAAGCAACUGCCAGCGCAAGUUACUGACAGGAACAACUCCACUGAGAAAGUGGACAAAGAAACGAAGGAAAAGCCGAAGAAACAACUGCAGGCGCCAGUCACUGACAAGAAGAACUCUAGCAAGAAAGCGGAUAAAACAACAAAAGAAAAGCCGAAGCCUCCACCUUCUAAAUAUCAAUUGAAAAAGAUGAAGAAAGAAACAAAGAAAGUAAGUUUGUAUCUAAUGGCUUAAAAAUCCACUCCAGGUUACUACAGGAGGAAACCUAAAUUAAACUAACUUUAUUAUGGAUAGCUCGUCAGUUCUAAACUGUUUUCCGUACAAGUACAGUAAGGAUCAUCUCUUAUUCAUCCAGUGUUACUACAGGAGCAAACCUAACCUAAACUAACUUUAUUUAUACUGGAUAGCUCUAUCAGUUCUAAACUGUUCUUCCUAGAGGUUCAGUAAGGAUCAUCUCUUAUUGAUCCAGUGUUACUACAGGAGGAAACCUAAACUAAACUAACUUUAUUUAUACUGGAUAGUUCUAUCAGUUCAGAUCAUCCUUUAUGUUGCUAUGCUUCUUCAGGAUUCCUGCAUAUUGCAGGAAUCAAACCUUGAUCAAAUAGAUGAAAGACAUUCAAUUCUUUUCAAUUUUUUUUCUGUAGAGCAAAAAGAAAGGUAGAAGACGCCUGAACAGCACGUCGAGUACGGGGAAGAAACAAAGCGAGGUCGACGAAGACGUUCACACAGACGAAGAUGAGAAUGAGAACCCAAACAAUGAUGUCAUAGAAACAUCGGCUGAUGAUGUCAUAGAAACAUCGGCUGAUGACGUCACCGAAAAUUCGGUUGAUGACGUCACCGGGACAUCGGUUGAAGAGGAUGUUACGAGUGUGACAGAAAACGAAUUAAUAGAUUUGGCAAAGGUUGAUGAUAGAGUCAAAUCGGAACCUGUCGUGGAGUCGUCGGAUUCGGAUUUUGACAUCAACAAGAUACGUGACUGUGCUACGUCACAGCAUGACGUCAUUGAUACGUCACCAGAUGGAGUCACAGCGACGUCAGGAGAUGAUGAAAACGUAACACAUGAUAGUCGUAUUUUAAACUUGGGAGAAGAGUCUUCCAGUAUUCAUUCCGACAAAAUGCAUAAUUCUGAAGAAAAUAAAGACUUUACUGAAUCAAGCAAUGAAGACAAUACAAUGAAAAAUGAAAAGAAUAUGGAUGUGUUAAGCGAAGAACCCUUAGUCAAUGGCGGUGAUCUUUCAGAAAGCAGUCAAUCGAGUGAAAAUAUUAAUGGCAUUUCUAAAAAUGAAGAGUUUGGAACACCAGUUCAAAACAAUGAAAUUUCUUCAGAGAAUCAAAUACGAGAUAGCGAUGAUGGUAAAAUUUGUUGUGGUGGUGCAUUGGAUGCUCAUGACUGCAAGACAGAAAGCUUACUGCAAUCAAAUGGCGAAGAUGUAUUAAAUUCCAGCGACAAACAGCAGAAAGAUUGCCAAAACAACGAAAUUUCGUCAGAAAAUAUACUUGGGGGUUCCGAGAGUGGUAUUAAUGGUAAAACUGGCUGCAUUGAUGCAUCGGAUGGUAAAGAUUGCAAGAAUGAAAGCUUACUGCAUUCAAAUACGGCAGAUGUACCGAAUUCUACUGACGAGGGACAGACACUAUGCUAUACUUCACCCAUAUCUCAUAAUCUAAGUAACGGUUCUGAUAACGAUGUUGUACUGGCUGAAAAUAAAACUGGUUUACCUAUCGAUAACAAAGCUGAAUAUAUAUGCCCUAACUGUGAAACAUCAGACAUGAACGAUAUUUGUGUCAAUUCUAUUCAAAUUAAAUCAACAGGCCUGUCUCAAGAUGGCGACGCCGGCGGGAUAAAUUCAGAAGAAAGCAAUCAAAUUCCCGCUAGUGAAAUUGCUAACGGUGAAACUGGCCAAGCACUAGAAAACAAACUGUCUAAUUUAUCGCUAGAAAGCAACAAAGGUAAUUCAAAUCGAAGUCAUGAAAGUCCUGCGUUUGUUAUAAAAUUUGAAAACGAUGAUGCUGACAAAUUAACACAAGAUAAACUUUCUAAUUUAUCAACAGACAACAACAGGGGUAGUUCAAAUGGAAGCCAUGAAGAUCCUGUGUCGUUUAACAAAACCGUUGAGACUGAAACUCACGAAACGACAGGCAGUGAAUCUGAUGAUUUUACUGGAAACAAGUCGACCGUUUUACCACAAAAUGGCGACGGCAAAAAUUCAAAAGAAAACAAAAACGUUCUUGAUUAUGUUAACCAAAUUGUGGAUGAUAUCCUUGAAAGUUGUUUUCAUAAAAUAUCAACUAGUUUAUCAGAAGAAGCAAACAAAAUGUCGCGUGCAAAAUUUGAAACGGACAUGUCUUUUGAGUGCAAAAAAAUAAAGGAAGAAUAUAACAGUCCUGCUAAUAUUUCGCCCAAGGAAAACGAUUUUAAGAAAACAAUGUGCAAGGAUGAAUUUAAGAGUUCUGUUAAUGACAGCGCGUUUAGCCAAACCGAUGAAGAAAAAAUUCAAGAAUAUGUAAAGAAAAUCGUUGAUGACGCGGUUAAACAGUGCCUUCUCAGUGAUGCGACGACAACAAGACACGACAAUUUAUCCAAAUUUGAAAAUUUUUCGAAAGACGAGACGUCGGAUUCCAGGAAUAUAGAAAAUGAUCCUGAAAAUCUCGAAUCCGUUCCGGGAACUGAGAAUGUCAGCGCAAUUUCAAGAUCUGAAAUAUUACGUGGGAAUCAUUCGCUUGGUAGUAUGGAAGCGAUAAAGCCAAAUGUAAUGUCGGUAGAAAGUUGUUUAAAGAGGUUCUGUAGUCCGGAGAUUCUCGAUGGGGAUAAUAUGUUUAUAUGUGAACAAUGUAAUCAAAAUAACACCGAGGAAGAGGAAGAAGAAGAAGAGACGAACGAUGAAGAUGAAAAGGAGGACAGUGAUGAUGACAAAGGUUUGUGGCAAUUUCAACAUUUUGUGUGACAUAUUUUCAGGGCUGCAAAUUACUGUCGGACAUCGGACAAUGUUCGAGCAAAAGUAAUUUUGAUCGGACAUUGGUCCGAUCAAAAAAAUAUAUUGUCACAUUAUACAUUUUUUUUUGCUUUGACAAAAUCCGAUUGCAAAUUCACUCAAUUUACAUUUUGCAAUAAAACUUACGAGGCAUUCUAGCAUUUUACUAACGUUGCGCCGGAAUCGCUAUACUUGUCUCGUGACUUAUAUAUACCUAUAUAUCUUGUGCAACGUAUAUAUGUCCGACCAAAUUCAAGUUAUGUCCGACGAAAAUUAAAAGUGAUCGGACAAAUGUCCUGUCAAGUCAAAUAUUUAUUUGCAGCCCUGUCUUUUUGUGGAAGGCGCGCGCCCGACAUUUAGGGACGGGUCAUUAUUUAUGGUGGGGGGUGGCACAGAAGAGAAAUGUUUUUCCUGGUAAAAAUUUUGCUGACCCAACCAUUAGAAAGCAAAAACUUUGAUUACCAAACCUCAAAUAUCAAUUAAAAAAUAAAUACCCACCCCUUGCCAAAACCUUUACAAAAGGAUACCAUUCAGUUGUCACACAUGUCCUUUACCACUUGUGUGACACAAGUUUGAUAACUAAACUUUCAUGUUGUAUGUACAUGUACUUUCUUUGGAGACACCAUUUGUCUCCCAACAAAUCGGAAAAUGAUCAAGAUAGUGACUCUGAUUGAUUUACAUAUUGUAUUGACAUACAACUGUUGACAUUGCUUUUCAGUCUCCAAUAUUUAAGUGAGUCAUGCUUUGAACAAUAACUUUUUAUUACCCAACCCUUGAGUUGUUUUGUUUUUCAUUUACCCAACCUUUUAUUCACUCAAAAUUUAGUUUACCCAACCCUUUUCUCUUCGGUGCCACCCCCCGGCAUAAAUAAUGACCGGUCCCUUAGUUUGAAAAGAUUAGGGGGAUAUUUUGUAUGUUACGUAACACGCGCUCAAUACUAAUGAAUAUCCUUUUCACUUGGUUAGGACUAUAUUAAAUUUUUAAAUUUUUCAUACGUUCUCAAGCGGCAAAGUAUGUUUAGUGCUUUGUCUGUAAAAUUAUGCUAGGAUGAAGAGAUUUUAGAUGGUAUGCCAAAGAGAAAAUGAUGUCUGAAGUGUACAAAUAUGGCGUCAAUUUUACAGCAUCAAUGGCAGUAAUUGUAUUUAAAUUGACAAUAUCUAACUACUGUUUUGUGUGUCCAUCUCGGUCACGUGGAGUAAAGCGUUCAUAAGGAAAAUUCUACUCCAAGUUGACCAAGAUUCCACCUAGCGCAAGCUGAGAUCUCACCUAGCCAGUGGCCUGACUCGUUUCUAAUAUGAACAUGCACAAAUUGAAUUUUAUAUGCUUUAAUAAAGGCCAUGUACAUCUCACUUCUGCUAAUAGCCUGUUUACCUUUCAUACAGAUACCACAAGCGAGAAGAAGACCAAACGAAAGCCAAUUUACACCGAAGCGGUGAAACAACUCCUCAUCAAUGAAGCUCCGCCAAUAUUCACACUGCAUUUGAAAAGGUUCCAUCAAGUCGGAUACUCUUUAAAGAAAAUUCCAAAGCAUGUCGAUUUCCCAUUGCUGUUAGACAUUGCCCCGUUUUGCCACAAAUCCAGCAAGGUGAGGAGUUCUAUAAUAGAUUAAAAAUAUUCUAAAUCUCUAAUUACCUACACGCGUAAAGAUCUUACAGCUUGUCAACAGAUGUGUUCGCACUGCUUGUUCCCAGUUUGUUGACAAGUCUGGAACAAGUUGUUAUCAUCUUGUAGCAAGGUUGAUGAGACCAACAGACUCGCAACAAGUUGUUCCAACAAGUCUGAUAUCGUCUGAACGUAACAAGUUGUUAACAAGUUGAUGACAACAAGCUCGUAGCAACUUGUUACGAACAGCCUGUAUUAGUCUUGUUGGAACAAAUUGUAGCAAGUCUGUUACCGUCAUCAACCUUGUAACAAGGUGAUAACAACUUGUUCCAGACUUGUCACAACAACUGGGAACAAGCAGUGCGAACACAUCCUGAUAUCGGCUUCACAACAACCUUGUUAACAACAAGGUUGAUGACGGUAACAGGCUUGCUACAAGUUGUUCCAACAAGACUAAUACAGGCUGUUCGUAACAAGUUGCUACGAGCUUGUUGUCAUCAACUUGUUAACAACGUGUUACGUGCAGACGAUAUCAGACUUGUUGGAACAACUUGUUGCGAGUCUCUUGGCCUCAUCAAUAAUAAUGAAAACUUUAUUGAAUUUUUUACGUAUAUAUACAAUUGUAAAUCUCACUACUGACUUAGGUAAUUUACAAUUGGCUACAUGAAUCACAGAGUACUACAUAUGUACUAUUUACAGUAAAAACAAGAAUAAAAUGGGUAUAUGAUUAUAUAUAUUGUUAUAUGUAGUUAUUAAUUUAUAAUAAUAAUAAUAAUAAUAAUUAUAAUUAUAUAUAUUAAUAAUUAAUUAUUAUAUGUAAUACAUGAACAAAUUUUUAUACUUUUUAGCUGGCAACAGAUUCUGAAGGAAAGGUCCUCUAUUCCCUAUUUGGAAUUGUUGAGCAUUCAGGCAGUCUACACAGCGGUCAUUACACGGCUUAUUGCCGCGUUCCUACAGUACCAUCGUCGCUUUUCGAAACAAAAUUCGAAAAUUUGACCCAAUUAUUAAAUAUUAUGGAUCAAAUGUGGACUCAGGGUGAUAAACGGGAAUCUUAUGUACACGAGGGACUUUCAAGCUCGCGAUGGUUCUACAUCAGCGACAGUCAUGUGUCCGAGGUCGGCCUGGAUCGAGUUUUGAAAGCGCAAGCGUAUCUGCUGUUUUAUGAACGAAUGGUGUUGAGUCACAGCGGGGAGAUUGAAAACACUGCACCGAAGACUGUUACUGAAUAGACCAUCCAUUCGAAGGCCGCGUUUUACAUGAGACUGAACGAAUAGACCUUUCCCCUUUUAAGUGAAAUUUUGAUCUAGUCAAGUCUGGACAAAAAUUCGAAUCGAAAGCUUUGCAGUAAUAAAUUUACGUGGUGUUUCCACAAACAAAACUAUUAUAUGUUUUAUCGCCAUGCAAACAUACAAAGAACUUAAUGAUCAUGAUUUUGGAAAAACUGCCCUAAACAGGGAAAUGCUAAUAUAUUUUUGAAACUUCUCUAUUUUUACAGCGCCAUUUUCACAUUUAAAAUGGACCAUUCCCCAAUUAACCAAAAUUUUGAUCUCAACAAGUCUAGACAAAAAUGUCAUCACAGCGUGAAAGAGCAUAGCAAAAUUAGUAAUAUUCCGAAGUUUCGUUGUAAAAUGUUGUAAAAUGCGGAUACUAUAGCCUUGCGAAGUUUGCCGUUUUUCAGUCAUAAUCAGAUGAUCAAACUGAUUAUCAAUUUCCCAUUUGUAACACAAAAUGACUGAAAAACGGCAAACUUCGCAAGGCUAUAUUAUCCGCAUUUUACAACAUUUCGCAACGAAACUUUGGAAUAUUUCAAGCUGUGAUGAAAUUUUUGUCCAGAUCAAAAUUUCACUUAAAAGGGGAAAGGUCUAUUCAAACCGGGACUGUUUCGUUUCAGUCGUAGUAUUAUUUAUAAUAGAUGUUUACAUGAGCCCGGGACGAAAAUAACUCAGACCAGUCUCAAGUCAUUCCGCCUGCUGGACCGAGCAGACUGACUUCAGACCGGCAUGAAUUCAGACUGGGAUAGAUGUAAACACAAAUACAUUUCAGACCGGUCUCGGCUGUAAUCUUGACAUUGGAACAACACAUGCUAACAAAAGCCAUCUAGAAAAGAAAAUUGCCUGGAAUCAAUUGGAAAUUUUGUGAUUUUCGUACCGGUCUCAUGUAAACAUGUUGACAAUUUCAAUUUUCAUUGCGGUUUGACUUCGUCCCGGUCUCAUGUAAACGGGGCCUAAGCCAGCUCUAUACAGGGUGUAUAAAAAAGCUUGUUCAACUUUGACUCGUGCGUUAAUUUAACUAAUACAUCAUUACGUCAAUAAGUUUUCUUUUUCGUAUUUAUAAAGAUCAGACUUUUAGCUGUAAAAUGACACCUUUAUAUGAUUGCGAUAAAAAAUGAUCAAAUGUGAUCUGAUUUACAGUGCUCGGUUCAAUUUGCAUUCGAAUCCACCUGUGGGAUUUAAAUGUCCUUCCAAUCCAAUACACCCUUUCGAUAAUUACGUCGCAACUACAUUGUUUUCAACUUAGGACCACCUUAAAUGGAAAGGAUUUCAAGUUUUUUUUCUCGCGGGCUAUGCACAGAGAAGCAGAACAUCCUUCUUCAACACAUGCGCGAAAAACAAUUUUGGAUUUUGAUCAAUAAACAUGGAAAUAAGCCUCGUUUUCGUGUUAAUGCUUAUUUCCACAUUUAUUGGUCAAAAUAAAGGAUUCUUUUUCAUGCAUGUGUUGGAGAAGGAUGUUCUGCUUCUCUGUGCAUAGCCCAUGGGAAAAAACUCCUUGAAAUCCUUUCCAUUCAAGGUGGUCCUAAGUUGAAAACAGUGUAGUUGCGACGUAAUUAGUCUGCAAGCUUCCAGUGUUGUAAAGUGUUUUAGCCACUCCACUUCGAUGUAAAAUUGCGAGUAAAAGUUUAUCGAAACUUGAUGCUUACUGUACACAUACGUUGCGCCGUAUUUACUCAAGGACAAGGGACGACAAGGGUAAUAGUUUCAAUACUCAGACAAUAGCUUCACAUACAAUUCCCAGCGGUGGGAAAAUGUGAUUUCGAGUGGCAUUUUUAGAUCGCAUCUUAUUUGGCUAUUUUUGAUCGCAACGAUACAAGAAAUGUAGCAUUCGACAGCUAAAAGCCUCAUCUUUAUUGGUAUGAAAACAGUAAAUGGAUAAACGUAAUAUAAUUGUGGUUCUUUGGAGUAUCUUUUUUAAACAACUUAACAUAGUGUGGUUAUUUCAACAAGGAAAAUUCCCAUGGUUACAUUAACCGGACUCUUAAGUAGUUAAUUGGUUUAUAUACUCGUAGUUUGUCAAGAUAGGAUGGUCUGGAAUACCUUCAAUAGAAGAGCUUUGUUUUGUUUGAUGUUGAACUGUACAUCACCGUGCACAAAUCCUUUGUCUCAACUUCAUUAAAUAUUAUUCAUCGUGGUCACACGUUUCAUCUCAGCUAUCCCUAUUGGACGAUUACUUCAUUAUACGAAAAUACAAUGAGCUCAAUCUCCGUAAUAUAAACUCAGACAAAAAACAAUACACAAUGACUUCUGUUAAGCCCAGGGCAAACUAGGAAACAUUGUUGCGGAAACAUUGUUUCCUACCAAUGUUUCGCCAUGUUUCCCAGAGUGGGCAAACACUAGGAAACAUUAGUGAGAAACAUAGGGAAGCAUCAAAUGUUUCUGAAUUUGCUAGGAAACAUUUUUGCUUCUCGGGAAGCAAAUUUUGUUUCCGCAACAAUGUUUCCACAGGUGGGCAAACAUGGAAACAUCGAGAAUCCCAAAUGUUUCCACAACAAUGUUUCCUAGUUUGCCCAGGGCUUAAAGCUUCCAGGCCAUGUCAUAUCUUGAUAGACCAUGAUGCACUCAAAUCUUAAAGAGACUACGUUAUUUUGACAUCUCUGACAGAAAAUAUACAGCAAUCUCGACCCUUUUUGAUAAUAUAUACAUUUGAUCAUUUUUAAAUGUUGUACGUUGAAAUUGAAGUGUCGUUAUUAUUGAAAAGCGUUUAACGCCACAUAUGAUUUUUGGUAUGUGUAAUAUCUGGGUCAUUGUUAGGCGAGAUGUAAUACAGGGUGUAUAAAAAAAACUAGACCUUUAGAAAUUAACCUUAUUGUUAUAAUUUGAAUGCUAUAAGCACUAUGUCGAACACAAGAUUGCGAAGACACAAUUGAAGUGAAUUUUAAAUAAAAAAAAACGCAACCUCGGAAUUUCCCAAG